UAUUUUGCAGAUUUCUCAUGAGCGUGCGUGGUAGCUGACAAUGGUAUUUUAUUUCACGACCAACGUGGUUUCUCCACCCGUCACUCUUUUCAUGGGCCUCGACAAAUAUGAGAAUGAAGAUUUGAUCAAGUGGGGAUGGCCAGAGCACGUUUGGUUCCAUGUUGAUAAACUCUCGUCUGCCCACGUGUACUUGGAACUGAAGCCAAAUGAAACGCUGGAAGAUAUUCCGGAAGCUGUUAUCCAAGAUGCUUGCCAAUUGGUGAAAGCCAACAGCAUCCAGGGCAACAAAACCAACGAUCUCGACAUAGUUUACACGAUGUGGUCGAACUUGAAGAAAACCAAGAGCAUGGAAGUUGGCCAGGUGGCUUUCAGGAGCGAGAAAGCGGUCAAGAAAGUCCGAGUUGCCAAGCGGAUAAACGAGAUUGUGAACCGUCUAAAUAAGACUAAAGUCGAACGAAAAGUAGAUCUGCAAGCGCUGAGAGAAGAGCGCGAUCGGAAGGAAAGGGAAGAGCGGAAAGAAGGGCUGCGGAAGCAAAAAGAGCAGGAGAAGGAAAUGGAAAAGGAGAAAAUGCAGCAAGCUGAACUGAGGAGUUACUCGACAUUGAUGAAAUCCGAAAACAUGACGACGAACCGGGAUGACGGAAAUGAUUCUGACGAGUUUAUGUGA